AUGGGUUCUGAGAUAGACUGGUCCCAACGUCCCAUUUACUCACCAGAGCAACUGGACCAGUAUUUCGUCCGAAUCAACCUUCCUCAGAAGUAUCGGCAGUCAUCCGUCGCGCAAUCGGACACCCGCAUUCACAAUGAAACUUCCUUGGACUUCCUAAAGAUAUUGCAGCGCUAUCAGGUGGCCGCAGUGCCAUUUGAAAAUCUCAAUCUACACUAUUCGGUCCAACGCCAUAUUUCUAUAGACGCGGAGAAACUCUUUGAUAAGAUUGUGACUACGAAGUCUGAGCGGGGAGGGUACUGUAUGGAAAACAAUACCCUGUUCGGUACAGUGUUGCGAAGCCUGGGAUAUAAUGUGAUGUCAGUUGGAGGUCGCGUCAAUGAAGCGGCUCAGCCAAUUUCGGCCUCGAAGAAUUGGAAAGGCCCCAAAUACGACGGUUGGAACCACAUGGUCAACCUAAUUAUCAUUGGGCAACAAAAAUAUCUGAUAGACGUGGGGUUUGGCUCUAACGGCCCACAUCAGCCUUUACCAUUGAUUCCGGAUGUCGAGUUUCACAACGUGGGUCAGCAGUCUGGACGGCUACGCUAUGCACCAAUCUCCCAACACACAACCAAGGGCCAAUUUCUCUGGCACUAUGAGAUUAAGAAUGGGGACGGAGAAUGGUCUCCCGCGUAUUGCUUCACUGAGACCGAAUUUCUUCCCGAGGACUUUACUAUCAUCAACUACUAUAUGAGCACUAGUCGAGAGAGCAUGUUCACCUUCCAUGUGUUGUGUGUGCGCAUGCUCUUGGAUCAAGAGGGCGACAAUGUUGUAGGUGAUCUGACGCUCUUCAAUAACACCUUGAAGCGUCGCCUAGGAGCCACAUCGGAGAUAGUGCAAACGUUUGCCUCCGAUGAGGAGCGUGUGGCAGCACUCGAGGAAUUUUUCAAUAUUCACAUCCUCAAGGCUGAUAGAGAGAGUAUUCGCCAUACAAUUUCGGAGAUUCUUUAG